CGCAUCGCGAUACACGCCUUUUUCGUGCCUGUCGAGUAAAUUUUGAUGUACGGAAAUGCGGGGGCGUCUGGACGAGAGCAUAUAUUGGACGUCGCGACGCUCUUCACCACAGACGCCACCACACUCUGUUCUGUGCACGAAUUUAAAUACAAAAAAGCAUCAAGAUGUGUGACGACGAAGUAGCAGCUUUGGUUGUAGACAAUGGAUCCGGUAUGUGCAAGGCCGGUUUUGCUGGAGAUGACGCUCCACGAGCUGUCUUCCCCAGCAUUGUUGGUCGCCCAAGACAUCAGGGAGUGAUGGUCGGUAUGGGACAGAAAGACUCAUACGUUGGUGACGAGGCUCAGAGCAAGAGAGGUAUUCUUACCUUGAAAUACCCCAUUGAGCACGGAAUCAUCACUAACUGGGAUGAUAUGGAGAAGAUCUGGCAUCACACUUUCUACAAUGAACUCCGUGUUGCCCCAGAAGAGCACCCAGUUCUUCUCACUGAGGCUCCACUCAACCCAAAGGCCAACCGUGAAAAGAUGACCCAGAUCAUGUUUGAAACCUUCAACAGCCCAGCCAUGUACGUCGCCAUCCAGGCUGUUCUUUCAUUGUACGCUUCUGGUCGUACCACUGGUAUUGUAUUGGACUCUGGUGAUGGUGUCUCACACACAGUACCAAUCUACGAAGGUUACGCUCUACCCCAUGCCAUCCUCCGUUUGGACUUGGCUGGUCGUGACUUGACCGACUACCUCAUGAAGAUCCUCACCGAGAGAGGAUACUCCUUCACCACCACCGCUGAGCGGGAAAUUGUCCGUGACAUCAAGGAAAAACUCUGCUACGUCGCCCUGGACUUUGAACAGGAAAUGGCCACCGCCGCAGCCUCCACCUCACUCGAGAAGAGCUACGAGCUUCCCGACGGUCAAGUCAUCACCAUCGGAAACGAAAGAUUCCGUUGUCCCGAGGCCCUGUUCCAACCUUCCUUCUUGGGUAUGGAAUCUUGCGGUAUCCACGAAACUGUCUACAACUCCAUCAUGAAGUGUGACGUCGAUAUCCGUAAGGACUUGUACGCCAACAACGUCCUCUCCGGAGGUACCACCAUGUACCCAGGUAUUGCUGACCGUAUGCAGAAAGAAAUCACCGCCCUCGCCCCAUCAACAAUCAAGAUCAAGAUCAUCGCUCCACCUGAAAGGAAAUACUCCGUAUGGAUCGGAGGUUCCAUCCUCGCCUCUCUGUCCACCUUCCAACAGAUGUGGAUCUCAAAACAAGAAUACGACGAAUCCGGUCCCGGAAUUGUCCACCGCAAGUGCUUCUAAGAUGUUUAUCUCAAAAAUUUUUAUCAUUAAAAUUAAAAUUAAAUUAUUACUAUUAUUAUUAUUACUAUUACAAUGAAAUAAUAGCGCGUAUUACCGUAUAUCGCUUCGUCACAUUUAUAUCAGGAUGGUUCAUUACUUUAGGUAUUUAGCCAGUCCCGUGGCGAUUGCUGUCAUUCGAGCACAAAUAUCAUCUUUUGUAUAUACAUAAGUCAACAUCUUAUGCAAUAAAUACUGUCUUAUAUUUUA